GCGCUGCAUCUUCGCCUGCGUUCACUGCACUCGCAGGUUCUGCGGCUGCGCUCUUUCGAAGGGGGAGCAAGUGCGAGAACAAAGACGCUCGAAGACAGUUCGUCACAGGCGAGGCUGUUGGCGGCUUGUUUGGGGAUGGCGUGGCAAAUGGAAAAUCAGCUGCCCCCGCCCUCCUCCCCAUGCUCAGACGUAUACAGGCAUGCACGCUCCGGACGUGGGGGCACCUGAUCACUCUGAGACUGAUUUUCCGGAGCAGGGGGGAGGUGACCUGUGGUGGAGUGAGGCAGGGGCUGUGCAAAGCAUCAUGGGCCGGCGCAGACGUAGCAGGUGUAACACAUGCAGGCAGACCGCAGAGGGAUGUGCGGAAAGGACUGUGAGCAGAGGCUGUGUGUGUGUGUGUGUGUGUGUGUGUGUGUGUGUGUGUGUGUGUGUGUGUGUGUGUGUGUGUGUGUGUGUGUGUGUGUGCGUGAGGGGAGGCAAGUUAGAAGAGCGCCGUUGGUAGUGGGGGGGGGACAAGCGGGUGUCAGUCCCGCCCCUUUCACUUUUAGUUUCUUUUUCGUUUGACAGGGGUAGGCAUUGCAUGUAAUUAACCUGGAUGCCGAAUUCGUUGGUGUUCCUCCCUGCUGGGUUGGCGUCACCCAUCUCUGUGUGGGCUGAUCUUGCCAUUUUCGUACUGCUGUCAACUGCUAAUUUGUUAAUUGUGUGCCUCCCUACGUGGGAAGUCCGUCAUGUGACCGGGGUAAGGCCACGGAGGGAAGGACGUAAGCAGCUCUUUGAGGUUUUGUGUGCGUGUGUGUGUGUGUGUGUGUGUGUGUGUGUGGGUUAUGUAUAUAUUACAUUGUGAAACCUGUUAUUUUGAUGUUGUGGGACCAUUUUUCCAGUCCCCACAAGGGGAGACUUGAUUUGAUAAAAAUCUGUGAAUGUAGUCAAAAGUCUCAGAUUUUGUUUGGUUACUUAUGGUUAAGGUUAGGGCUGAGGAAGAGGUUAAGGGUGUUGUUGGGAUUAGGGCUUGCUCCAGAGAAAUGAACAGAGAGUCCCCACAAUGGUAUAAUUACAAACCUGUGUGUGUGUGUAUGUGUGUGAAAGCAGUUCUGCUAUGAAUUCCUGCUGUGGGCAGGACCAGCUCAGCCUGGCUUCCUCCCCCAGGUCCCAGCAGGCUAACCUCCAGGCAGGAACAGCACGCUCAACAGGGGGAGGAGCCUCCGGCGGUGUGGAGGGCAGCCUGGCACGGUGCUUUUAGCACCCAUGUGCAUCCUCAGGCGCUUGAGCUACGCCCCCCAGCCAAUCGCUGGCGGAGGAUUAUGCCAGAGCGGCCCGCCCCCGCGUGACAAGACGACGUGCAUCCUGGGCAUCCAUUCUGCUAGUGCCCCCCCCACCCUCGCUGCAGCCCAGAGAAGAGAGUCACGGAGGCUGAAGGGAGAGGAGCACGCCGAGGAGCUCACGCCUGCCCUGACCUGUUCUUGCCGCGGCUGAAAGACGAGGCCUAUUUUGGGCUCCAGAACCUCUUAGCGUAAACGAGAAGGGAGCACAAGGUCAGAACAGACACAGCCUAACUCCCUCGCCUGUGGGUCUCCCUUAGCCGGAGUGUGUCUCUCAUCUUUUUAUUGGUACAAAUACUGAAGCGUCCUGCCUUAGUGUGACGUUCAACGUCCCAGAAUCCCCUGCUCCAAUUUCCCAGAGCAUUACCUUGGAAGGAGGCUCCACUGGCAGAGCGACACCAAGUGUCCUGUGAUUUUCGGAACUCCUCCUCCAUUGGGCUGGGCAGCCCACGUUCCGUCAGGCCAGCACUACUGUGACCAUGCGCAGGGUCCUCCCCAUCCCCCGCGUUCCCGCCAAAGACUGAUGGCAGAGAGGGUUUCACUGCAUUCCUGCCAAUUUGCCGCCCUGUGCCGCAACUGGCCUGAUGAGCUGAACUGAAUCUCCCCCCAACUGAAUUCCUGCCCAUCCUGUCGGCCCCGAUUCAACCGAACGCAUGUCCUGCCUGAGGCGCCAGCCCAUGGCCAUCCCCAUGGAUACGGUCAAGAUCAUCCAAUCUGAGAAGUUCCCUCACGAGUGCCCCGCCCCCGUCACACAACCCCGCUAUGCGCCGCCGCCACGCGUGGCCUGGGACGGGGGCGGAGAGGGUGAGGUGAUCGUGAACCAAGCCUGCGGCGACAUGAGCCUGGACGUGGCUGUGGGCACGGUGGCCCCGCGGCCCCUGGUCUCACCACCAUGCCCCCUGCCACCAGCACCUGUCCGCCGCGAGCGCGCCUACCUGUCCCAGCGUAAGACCAGUGCCACCGACAUCUGCUACCACAGCCAGUUCCACUACAAGAUGGACGACGUCAUCGUGAACCAGUACGUGCUGCGCUCAGCCUCCUCAUCCUCGGCCUCGGUGGCGGCGGCAGGUGGCGGAGCUACCUCGCCCUGCGAACCGCUGGACUGUCCCACCUGUGGCCACACCUACAACUUCUCCAGCAAGCGGCCACGCAUCCUGUCCUGCCUGCACUCAGUGUGUGAGGAGUGCCUGCAGAUCCUCUACGAGUCCUGCCCCAAGUACAAGUUCAUUUCCUGCCCCACGUGUCGCCGUGAGACCGUGCUCUUCACCGACUACGGCCUGGCCGCGCUCGCCAUCAACACCAGCAUCCUGGGCCGCCUGCCGUCCGAACCCGGCGCCACCGUGCAGUGGGGCGCCGAUGGCGACCGCAGCUGCUACCAGACCGUGCGGCAGUACUGCCAGUCCGCCUGCACCUGCCAGCUGAGCAACCCUCUGUCAUCCUGUGGAAUCAUGUAGAGGACCCUGGCCCCUCCCACAUCUGACUCGGCCCCCAACCCCCUGACCACACCCCUUACACAGAUAUAUCUAUAUAUUUAAUAGCGCUGGAAAAGACUAAUGUGUAGAGGAACUAAAAAGGAUACACACAGCAGAUGGGAAUAAUCUAAUAAAUGUAUUUAUGUAUGGACUGCAUCUCUCCUGGAUGUGUUUGUCGCUCUCUCUGAUCUCUCUGGCAGGGAUUUUCCUCCGGGCCCCAGGGUUACUUUGAGAUCAAGAAUAAAAUCAACGAAUUGCUCGA